ACUGCAGGAGGCACGGGAGGAAGGAGCAUUCCCCGCAGCCCCAGCCCCCACACAAAAGCCACCUCCAGGAUCCAAACCUCUGCAGAUCUCCCAGGACAUGCCCAGCAUCCCGGAGCUGUGAGGGGGAAGGAACAGCUCCCAGGAGCACCCAAAUUCCAUGGUCACCAGGAAGGUAACGACUCCAGCAGAAAGCUCUGCAGUUCUGUGCAUUCAUCUGCAAACAAAACGAUUUCUUGUGCCAGGAUCCCUGCAAGGCCCCAGGGACAUUCCACAAGCACCAUGAGGACUCCUGCCCCCCGCUGCUCAGCGGGACCAAUCCCAGCUCCCACCGCUCUGGCCGUUUUCCUCAUCUGCCUCUUCUCAGGGACACACAGCCAGACCCCACGGGCCUUCCAGGAGAGCCCCGUGCCCCUCGAGGUGCUCAGCCAGGAGCAGGCCUACAGCCUGGUCCAGCCCGGCCUCUUCCGGGGCGUCCCGCUGUCCAACCUCUCGGAGAGCAGCCCCGGCAGCGUCCCCUCGGAGCCGCCGCUGCUGCCCGUGUGCACCAAGCCCGCGGACAUCCGCCACGUCUUCAAGUACAUCAACACCAUCGUGUCCUGCACCAUCUUCGUCGUGGGCAUCAUCGGCAACUCCACGCUGCUGCGCAUCAUCUACAAGAACAAGUGCAUGAGAAACGGGCCCAACGUCCUCAUCGCCAGCCUGGCGCUGGGCGACCUGCUCUACAUCCUCAUCGCGCUGCCCAUCAACGUCUACAAGCUCCUGGCCAAGGACUGGCCCUUCGGAGUGCAGGUCUGCAAGCUGGUGCCCUUCAUCCAGAAAGCCUCCGUGGGCAUCACGGUGCUCAGCCUCUGUGCCCUCAGCAUCGACAGGUACCGGGCAGUGGCGUCCUGGAGCCGGAUCCAGGGCAUUGGGAUCCCCAUGUGGAAGGCCGUGGAGGUGCUGCUGAUCUGGGCAGUGGCCAUCGUGCUGGCAGUGCCCGAGGCCAUCGCCUUCGACAUGGUGGAGCUGAGCUACUGGGAGCAGCACCUGUGGGUGUGCAUGCUGGCCUCGGAGCAGAAAUCCCGCUUCAUGAGGUUCUACCAGGAUGUGAAGGACUGGUGGCUUUUUGGCUUCUAUUUCUGCCUGCCCUUGGUGUGCACAGGCAUCUUCUACACCCUCAUGUCCUGUGAGAUGCUGAGCAAGAGGAAUGGGAUGAGGAUCGCUCUGAACGACCACAUGAAACGGCGCCGGGAGGUGGCCAAGACCGUGUUCUGCCUGGUGGUGAUCUUCGCGCUCUGCUGGCUGCCCCUGCACCUCAGCCGCAUCCUCAAGAAGACCAUCUACGACCAGAUGGACCCCAACCGCUGCGAGCUGCUCAGUUUCCUCCUGGUGAUGGAUUAUUUCGGGAUCAACAUGGCCUCCCUCAACUCCUGCAUCAACCCCGUGGCUCUGUACUUCGUCAGCCGGAAAUUCAAGAACUGCUUCCAGUCGUGCCUGUGCUGCUGGUGCCAGCGGCCGGCCCUGAGCAUCACCCCCACCGAUGAGAAGGGAUCUGUCGGGAAGUGGAAAGCCACGGGCCAGGAGCUGGGGCUGGACCGGAGCAGCUCCCGCCUGAGCAACAAGUACAGCUCUUCCUAAACCCCUGUCGCUGUGGAGGACAAGGCACAGGGCCAGGACAGCAGGACCCCUCCGAUCCCACCCCAGGCUUUUCCUGGCUGGGCCUGAAUCAGCUUUGCCUUCGUGUCCUACCCCACCUGGAAGGAGCUGGAGCAUUUCCCCGGGCCCAGCUCCGACCCCAGCCCCUGAUCCCAGCGACUGCCUCUGCAGGAGAGGGAAGGGGAUUCAGAUCCUCACAGGAUUCUUCAUUUCCAGCAGGAAAACCAAGGGACUUCUGGCCAUUUGCCUCGGGGUGGAAGGUGGGGAUGUGUGUGGGAAGGGAAGGAAGGCUGGUGUGGUCACUUCGAGAUGGGUGUGGGGUGAGGAGGAGAGGGAGAGCGACAAUUCCCAGCUGUAAAAGCCAACCAAAGCUUGGAUAAAUCCCUGUGAGGGACAGAGACGUGCUCGUGGUCACGGGGAGGUGGGAAAGGCAGUGGAGAAGGUCCGAUCUCAGCUGGGAGAGCCACUAGAUCCAACCAAAAUAUGAGAAAGAGCUUCCUCAGAUUUAUUAUUGGCAAUAAUUCAUUCCCCAGGUGAUUUUCCAGCAAUUUUCAAGGCCAGGUUGGACAAAGCUUGGAGCAACCUGGGAUAGUGGAAGGUGUCCCUGCCACGGCAAGGGUGCCGUGAGAGGGAGUGAAGGUCCCUCCCAACCCAAACCAGUCUGUGAUUCCAAUCCAUGUGAUUCCAUGUGACUGUGAAUCCAUGUGGUUCCAUUCCAACAGUCAUUCUUGCCAAAACUUUCAGAAAAACUACAGAAAAAGUUGUAUUUACCAAGUUUUUGAUCAUUUUUUGUUGGUUUUUCCGGCUCUCUUUUCCCUCUCUUUUCCUUCUUUCCCCCUCCUACCUUGUCAUGGAAAAAAAUGGAGAGAGGAAAAGGGGAGAAGAGACAAGACCUGCAAUUAAAACAUUUUCCAGGUGUCGGGGUGGAUUUUUUAGCUUAACUUGCACUGAAAUGUAAAUGUUUUGCAAAUAAAUCAUAAAGACAAAUGGGUUUCAAGGAAAACAGAGACUGAGGAAUAUCAAGACCAGCCCAUUUUCCAUAAAUUUCCCAAUCUGUGGAGCAAUCUGUGUCCAUGUUCUAUGACCUUCCAUCCCUGUGCUGAGCAGGACACAGUGUCAGCUCUGCAGCAUCUAAAUUAAUAAACUUUAUUAUUAAAGAAAAUA